AUGCUCAUGCGAUCAAUCUCCACGUGUGUUUUGAGCCGUGGUAGCGGCUCACGUGGACGGCUUCAACGGCAAGGUUUGUAUGACUUGAGCGGUAGUGACCCAUUCGUGGCCCUUUCGUUGGCCCUACUGUACUGCUGUAUCCCAGAAUCUCAGCAGUACUUGCUGCUCUUCUUUGCUGUGAUUGGUGCAUGGAUACGAAUUGAGAGAUAUCAUAAGCAUGUCAUGGCCGGGCAUCGACCGUGGCAAUCAGGACACAGCUCUGGCUACGAUGAAUGA